AUGGGAGAGUCCUUAUUCUACAGUGUGCUGAAACUGACCGAAAAACUGUCUCGUUUAGGUCUUAUUGGAUCUGUUUACCUGCCACCUCCAGGAAGCCCCCUAAAUGCUAGGGAUUCCUCAGAUGGAGAUGCCAGUACUUUCCACUCAUCUUUUAUUAUCAGGGAGCCUGUGUUUCGCAGUGAAUUUCCUUUCCAUUCAUUUUCAAAUGACUUUUCUGAUAUGGGCCUUGUUGAAUAUGCACAAGAUAGAGGCAGAGUAGAAGCUGUUCAGAGGAGACUUUUUACUCCUUCCUGCGUUUGUUCCACAGGUUUCUUCAGGAGAAGCAUUACCAAAAAUGCUGUGUACAAGUGCAAAAACGGGGGCAACUGUGUGAUGGACAUGUACAUGCGCAGAAAGUGCCAAGAGUGUCGGCUCAGGAAAUGCAAAGAGAUGGGAAUGUUGGCUGAAUGCUUGUUAACUGAAAUUCAGUGUAAAUCUAAACGAUUGAGAAAAAAUGUGAAGCAGCAUGCAGAUCAGACCAUUAAUGAAGACAGCGAAGGACGUGACUUGAGACAAGUGACCUCCACAACUAAGUCAUGCAGGGAGAAAACUGAACUCACCCCAGAUCAACAGAAUCUUCUAUAUUAUAUUAUGGAUUCAUAUAGCAAACAGAGGAUGCCUCAAGAAAUAACAAAUAAAAUUUUAAAAGAAGAAUUCAGUGCAGAAGAAAAUUUUCUCAUUUUAACUGAAAUGGCUACCAGUCAUGUACAGAUUCUUGUAGAAUUCACAAAAAAACUGCCAGGAUUUCAAACAUUGGACCAUGAAGAUCAGAUUGCUUUGCUGAAAGGGUCUGCAGUUGAAGCUAUGUUCCUUCGUUCAGCUGAGAUUUUCAAUAAGAAACUUCCAGCUGGCCAUGCUGACCUAUUGGAAGAAAGAAUUAGAAAAAGUGGUAUCUCUGAUGAAUAUAUAACACCUAUGUUUAGUUUUUAUAAAAGUGUUGGAGAACUAAAAAUGACUCAAGAAGAGUAUGCUUUGCUUACAGCAAUUGUCAUCUUCUCUCCAGGAAAAACAAGUGUGUCACACAGAUUUCCUCUUUUACAACAGCGGCUUCUGCAGAACUGGAAACGAAAUGACUCCUCACUGAAACAAGUGCAGGCUCCGGAGAAGGACUUUCUCCCUUUGCUCUUUGGUCUACACAAGCUAAGUCUUCCUUGUCAGACUGGUCUUGGCUCAGCUGUCAUGGAUGGUUUAGACUUGGCUCCCAGCUCCUAG